AUGGAGCCCGCGACACUUUUGCUUAUGAUCAUUGCCUUACUCAUUGCAUUCCUCAAUUUUACAAGAGUGAGAAAGCUAAGAAGUCCGAAGAAGCUCCCACCUGGAAACUUGGGUUUGCCAUUAAUUGGAGAGACUCUCUCUUUUCUGAAGCCUUACUCAGCUGCUACCAUAGGAGAGUUCAUGGAGCAUCACAUUUCCAGGUUUGGGAAAAACUUCUCCUCCCAUUUGUUCGGAAACCUGAGCAUAGUCUCAACAGAUCCUGAGCUAAUUUGGUUCGUACUAAAGAACGAGGGAAAACUGUUUCGAAAUGAUUUGUCAUUUGCUUUCAAGAAAGUUGUUGGUAAAUAUUCCAUGUCUUUGGCUUCUGGAGAUGUACAUAAGCACCUGAGAUCAACUGUGUUGGGUUUCUUGAGUAUCGAGAGGCUACGUACAGUGUUUUUACAAGAUGCUGAUCAUGUUGCUGUGCAAAUUAUGAGUUCAUGGAAGGAUGGUAUUGUGAUCUCUGCUAAAGAUGAAGCAACUAAGUUUUCACUCUAUAUUAUGGUGAAGAAGAUAAUGAGCAUGAGCAUUGAUAAUCCUCACAUUGAGAAGCUACCCAGAGAAUAUGAUUCAUUUAUCAAAGCCUUUGUCUGCUUUCCUCUGUAUAUCCCUGGCACAAAAUAUUGGAAGGCUAUACAGUCGAGGAAGUAUAUAAAUGAUAUGUUCAAGAAAGAGAUGGAAGCGAGAAUAGAAGCAAAGGGUGGUAGAAAUGAAGGAGAGAUUGAAGAUGAUUUUCUUGGAUGGCUUAUGAAGAAUACAGAUUAUCCGCAAGAGAAGAUUUGUGAUUUGUUGCUAGGCGUACUUUUUGCAGGACAUGAUACAACUUCACGAGCUAUAUCGUUAUUGAUCUAUUUUCUUGAAAGUUGUCCCACAGCAGUCGAGCAAUUGCGGGAAGAACACCUUCAGAUUGUUAGAUCAAAGAAACAGAAUGGAGAGUAUAGACUCACAUGGGAUGACUACAAGAAAAUGGAGUUCACCAAAUGUGUUAUCAAUGAGACACUCCGUCUUGGCAACAUUGCUCGCUUUACUUUGAGGUGCGCAACAAAAGAUACAGAAUUCAAAGACCAUGUAAUUCCAAAUGGUAGCACUGUCCUGCUCCAUUUUGGUGCAGUGCAUAUGGAUCCUUCAUUGUAUGAGGACCCCACGCAGUUCAAUCCAUGGAGAUGGCUGUCAUCACCGGGCAUGAAGGCUACGGAUAGCUUCAUGCCGUUCGGUAAAGGGCUACGCACGUGCCCGGGGGCUGAUCUUGCAAGGUUGGAGAUGGCGGUAUUCCUUCACCAUCUCAUACCGAAGUUUGAUUGGGAAUUGGCGGAGCCUGAUCAUCCCAUAAUCACACCCCUUGUUGAAUUCCCGAGAGGUCUGCUAAUCAAGGUUCGAGCAGUAUCUGCUUGCUAA